GAGAGUUCGCAGCCCGCCGUCGUGCAGGUGUUUUGCAGAGCUCGUCGCCUUUGCCUCCACAGUGUGCCAGACACGACCUGAAGUCAUGGCUGACCAAGUGGCCGUCGUGUGUGAGCAGCUCGUCAAAGCUGUGAAUGUGAUGAUGGGUGCAGAAACGGAACAUAUUUACCGACUCGAGGCCCUGAAGUUCUGUGAGGAGUUUAAAGAUACGAGCUCCUUCUGUGUCCCAUGUGGCUUACGAUUAGCCGACAAAGCCCAGCCAGCUGAAGUGAGACACUUUGGUUUGCAAAUCCUGGAACACGUCAUCAAGUUUCGAUGGAACAACAUGCAACAAAACGAGAAAGUCCAGCUGAAGGAGUCUGCCAUGCAGCUGUUGUCAACCGGUACUCAUGCUAUCCUGGAGGAGGAAAGCCACAUCAAAGAUGUCCUGUCACGAAUCACUGUGGAAAUGAUAAAGAGGGAAUGGCCUCAACAUUGGCCAGAUAUGCUGAAAGAGAUGGAGGCUCUCACUAGCCUUGGGGAGGCACAGACGGAGCUGGUGAUGUUGAUCCUGUUGAGGCUGGCGGAGGAUGUGAUCACCUUCCAGACGUUGCCCAACCAGCGACGCAGAGACAUCCAGCAGACACUCACCCUGAACAUGGAAAGCAUCGUCAGCUUCAUGAUGGCCAUUCUGAAUGUUAAUGUCGAGGACUAUCGUAAACUGAAUGGGUCCCCUGGAAAUGAACUACAGGCCAGAGCUCACUGUCGAGUCGCGGGGGCUACGCUGAAUACACUAGCAGGGUACAUAGACUGGGUGUCUCUGGUGCACAUCACCAAUGGAAACUGUCAUCUCCUGGAGAUGUUGUGUUUGCUGCUGAGUGAACCGGAGCUGCAGCUGGAAGCAGCAGAGUGUCUGCUCAUCGCUAUCAGCCGGAAGGGCAAGCUGGAGGAUAGGAAGCCAUUCAUGCUGCUAUUUGAUGAUGUGGCCAUCAACUACAUCCUUUCUGCUGCCCAGUCAGCAGAUGGACUGGCAAUAUGCGAGUCGUCCGCUGAAUCAAACGCAGUGGAGGUGGUAGAGCGGCGUUACAUCUUCCUGAAGAGGCUGUGUCAGGUCCUGUGUGCCCUGGGGGGACAACUCUGCUCAUUAGUGGGUUCAGAUGUUGAGGUCGAGGUACCUGCAAAUCUCAGCAAGUACACAGAAGCGUUUUUAGCCUUCACUACACAUGCCAGUCAGUUUUUAAAGUCCUCCACUCUGCCCACUUGGGGAGCUUUGUUCCGACAUGAGACGCUGUCGAAGGACCCGGUUGUUGUUGAGAUGGCCAUCAAAUACCUCCGAGCGUCUAUGACCAACCUCGUCAAGACUGGAUUUCCAUCUAGAAACGAUAACCCCAGUUGCAGGUACUCCCGCGCUGACUUUGACAGUGAUGAGGACUUCAAUUCGUUCUUUAAUUCUUUUCGAGCACAGCAGGGAGAGGUCUUGAGGAUUGCAUGUCGCAUUGUCCCUCUGGAGGCAUUCCAGAUAGCAGCAGAAUGGCUACAGUAUCAGAUCGUGAGCCCUAUUGAUACUGGGGAUACAGCAUCUAAGACUAUCGAGGGCCUGUGCUCCCUCUUGUCUCCAUCAGUGGUCCAGUGGGAUGCAAUGACCGUCUUCAUGGAGUGUUUGGUCACACAGAUUUUUAAAAAUGUGGAGGAGGAGAAGUUGCCGAUAGACCAGAGCAUGGAGCUGCUGCAGGCCGUGCUGAACUACAACACCAAAGACCCGCUCAUCUUGUCCUGUGUGCUCACCAACGUCUCUGCCCUCUUCCCAUUUGUUAAACAAAGGCCACACUUCCUGCCACAGAUUCUCGACAAGCUGUUUAAUGCCAUAACAUUUGAGGUUGGUCAGGAAAGUACGGCACCUCGGUCCAGAGCUGUAAAGAAUGUGAGGAGGCACGCCUGUUCUUCCAUCAUCAAAAUCUGCCGGGAUUACCCACAGUACAUCCUGCCUUGUUUUGACUUGUUUUACAGUCACGUCAAGAAGUUGCUCUCAAGCAACGCCACGCUCACUCACAUGGAGAAAUGUUCGCUGAUGGAAUCCCUGGUGCUCAUCAGUAACCAGUUCAAAGACUUUGCAAAGCAGAAGGCUUUUCUAGAUGAACUGAUGGCUUCAGUGGUUACAGACUGGACCUCUGAUGAGAUGAGGCAGGUGCUGUGUGACCCUGCUGUGUUCCUGUCCUUUGUUGGUGCUGAUCAGGUGGUCAAUGAGCAAAGUCGCGAAGCAGAGACAGCGGGCCAGAAUAGGGGCCGGCUGGGUUUCUGCUUGUAUGCCAUGUUGGGGGUGGUGAAGCGGGCACGCUGGCCUGCAGACCUGGAGGAAGCCAAGGCCGGUGGCUUUGUGAUGGGCUACACCGCUGCUGGAGCUCCCAUCUACAGAAACCCUUACACGGCCCAGUUUCUGGUCCUGCUGCCCAACCUACUGGCUCUCAUCAGGACUAACAACAGUCUGUUCAUGCCGGAGAACACGGCUCGUCUGAGUGAGUCUUUCUCCAGGGCCCAUGAGGUGAUGGAGUCUGACAAAAAGGUGGUUCUUGGUCUGUCUCAGCAUAUCCUGGGUAUUCAUGACUCUCCUGUGACUAGAACCAACCUGGAACGGAUGCAGGGCUUUUUCUCCACACUGUAUGACAACUGCUUUCAUGUCCUGGGAAAUGCAGGUCAGGCCUUGCAGCAGGAAUUCUUCACCAUUGAGAACUUGAGCGAAGAAAUAGCUGGUUCUGCGUUUCUGUCCCUCGACCAUGUGCCUGACCACAGACUUCGCCCGAUGAUUCGCGUGUUCCUGAGGCAGUUGGUGCUCGCGUGUCCUCAGGAGUACUACAACAGUCUACUCUGCCCCCUGCUCGGACCUCUGUUUGCCUACAUGCAGCAGAGACUCGAUGCCAAGUGGCAGGUCAUCAACCAGAGGAGCUCUGUCAACGAUGAGGAGGAGGAGGCGCUGUGUCAGGAGAGCCAGGUGACGCAGGAGAUUUUGGAGGAGCAGCUGGUCCGCCUGCUCAGCAGGGAGGUCCUGGAUCUUCUGACUGUCAGCUGCAUUUCGAAAAAACUGACUGAACCAGCAGCAAAUAAGGAGGAAGUAGAUGAGGUCGACAUGAUGGAUUCAGUGCAGGCGGCGUCUCCUGCCCAGCCCACAGAGGAGCUGACGGAGCUGGGGAAAUGCCUGUUGAAGCACGAGAACAUCUACAUGACUCUGCUGACCCUCUCCUUCACCUCUCUGUCAUGGAAGGACACCACUAACUGUCACCGCACGGCUUCAAUGGUCUGCUGGACGCUUCUGCGGCAGGUAGUUGGGGGCAAUCUUCUUCGUGAGGCGGUCAUAUGGUUCUUUACCAGCGUUCUUAGAGGCCUUCAGAUUCAUGGGCAGCAUGAGGUCUGCAACUCUACCCUCUCUCAGCUGGCAAUGCUCAUCUAUGAAAACCUGCGGCCUCGAUACGUAGAGCUGAGAGCGGUGAUGACCCAGAUCCCAAACAUCAGUGUGGAGACGCUGGACCAGUACGACAACAGGCUCAUAGACCCCAAUGCCCAGAAGCUUGGAGAAAAGAAGAGGAAGGACCAGUUCAAGAGGCUGAUUGCAGGAACAGUUGGGAAAGCUCUGUGCCAGCAGUUCAGGAAGGAGGUUCACAUUCGGAACCUUCCUUUGCUCUUUAAACAGCCCAAGCCAGAACAAGAUGUAACGAGCAGUGACGCAUCGGGCCUGGAAGCUCUCUUCUCCCCAGAGAAUAAGACCCUGUAGAAGCACAUGGAGGUUCUAAAGGACUUCCUUCUGACUGAAGACCGACAUGUGUACAAACCGGGGUUUCUCUCUCCAUCCUCCAGCUGGAGCAGCACGACUCUACCGAACCGACCUGGCGACCCUCUUGUGUUUUUCUAAAGGGCAUUUUUAUGUCAACCCGUGGCGUACCAAAGCAGCAGUCACACUCGCGUUCUAUCCUUCCACUGGUCAUUUGUGCAGGCGAGUAUCUCACAGUAGAUCCCCUUUUAAAUCCUGUUGCACACUUCUUUUACUUUACAUUUACUUAACAUUCUCGUAUCAAUGGAAAAUUGUAGUAAAUAUUUCACAUGAUGAACGUCCUGUUUGUCAGAUUGUGUUUAGAGACCAUCAUAAAAUAUCAGACGAGCCAAAAGAUGAUCAAGGGACCAAACUGUGUUCUGUUUCACGUUGGGUCCGUUUCCUUUUUAGUAUGGCAGAUAUAUGCGACGAGGAAAUCUAAUUAAGCUUCACGGUGUGGUUUGAUGAACAGAAUAGAAACAGGCAUCUAAUGAUAUCCCAAAAUAAUAAUAAUAGAAUUGCUGUUCGGAAAAAGUGUGUUUGUGUACUGGAAACCUUUUGUACUUGUAAAAUCUUAAUUUCCAAUGUCAGUAUUGCGCGCGUGUCAUGUGACCAAGAUGCUGCUCGCGAGGCUGUUAUAUUCCGGGUCAAGAAGAACAAAUUCUUCAUACUUUUCUUUUUUGCUGUUAUUUCCUUUGACUGGACAAGCUUGGAUGCCGUCUCUGAUGCUCAAGAUAACUCAGGUGCGACGUUCCCUAAGAUGGGGUGAAGAUGCUUUUUGGAAACAUACCCAAGAAGAGAAUUGAGUUUAAUUGUAAUUUCAAGAAUGGUUAUUGUAGAUGAUGAACAAGUGUUUGCAGACAUCACAGAGUGGUUGGUUUAGGGAAUGAUGGUUUGCAUUUGACCAGUUCCUCAUAUCGGCACAAUUAUCACAGCAAGUAGUCUUUUAAAUUGCUUAUGCAUCGCACAUCCCAUACUACCAAUAUUUCAUCCACAUAUUGUGCCAAAACAAUCAUAUAAAACUUAGUAAGAUAUACAUUUCAUGAAGUUUAUUUAAGGGUGGACUCAACAACUAAUGUGUAGCUUAAUCCAAGUCUGUUUUCUUUUCCUUUUUAUAUUCUUUUUUUAAAUGUUUCUUUGUUUUUACCUGUUUUGCCAGCCAUUAGAAAAAGAUGAACCAGCACUACAUUCCUUCAUUAUCCAAGGGAUUGUUUAGAAGCAUAAUUUGUUGAUGUUUUUUCCCUCUUAUGGAGCUUUUAUGUAGGGUAAUUUGUUUUGUGUCGCGUAAAUUCAGGCCAAACGUAUAUGGGAGUUAUUUCGGCUUAGAGUGAGCCCCCUUUGAAAAAGACAAAGACUGGUCUGCAUUUUGGAUAUUACUGAAACGGCUUCACGUCAUCCUUGCCCAGGAAUAGGAACAUUUAUGAAUUGAUUUCACUCUUUGUGAUUGUUUGUUCACGUUGCCAUUAAAAAAAAAAAUACUGAUGCUUGUUCAACACUAAAAUGUUCUGUACAAUGAAGAAAAUAUGCUUUUGAAAAAUGUGUGGUUUAUAUUUUGUUUUUUAAAUAAAAACAAAUUUUGAAUUCUCAAA